AUGAGCACACUCCAGUUUCGAGACAAGGUCCACGAACGCGCCAGAGAGGGCGAGCGUUUGUCAGACCAGGAGAUAACGUCGAUCGUGGAGCAGAGCGCAGAACUGGGCGGAGCUGAAUCUGACAGGUUGAAUGUGGGUCAAUCCGCCUGGGCGGCUUGGUCAGAUCGAAUCCUCAGCAAGCCGGCGAAUGCGAUCAACACGGCAGAUGCGCGAAUGAUGCACCAGAAGGAGACACGAGCAUUCGAUAAUCUGCCGGCGCAGGGAUCUGUUGCAUCGCAUGUCCAGUCAGUGGCUCAGAAGAACGAAAAGUGA